GUCGUUGCCGAAGACAACAUUAAACACUGUUUUUGGUAUCUUUUCCACAAAACAAAGUCAGAGGGGUAGCAAUGGAUGCUACAACUGUUAAGGCAAACCACAGACCUGAUCAUGGAAAGCCUGCAGCCGAGGGGCCCAAGCGGGUGCCGGUACCUCAGGGCGGACAGAAGCCGAUGGCGGCGCAGCCUCCACGGGUCCUGACUGCGUGUAACGGACCGCAGCGUAUCCAGCGGGCGGUGAGCCAGCAGCAAGCCCCCAGCGGCAAACCGAAGCAGUCCUCCACACAGACUGCACCGCCCCAGUGCCAGCGAGUCGUGCCGAGGGGUAAUCCAAUUCCUGCUACCCCCGAACCCGCCGCGCACGGAGAGACCAGCCAGCAGGCAAACGCUACUGCUAAACAUGGAGCCUCAGAAUCCACAAAUACAAAGAAGUGCUGGAGUCUGGAGAACUUUGACAUUGGGCGUCCCCUGGGCAAAGGGAAGUUUGGGAACGUUUACCUGGCCAGGGAGAGGCAAACGAAGUUCAUUCUGGCCUUGAAGGUGCUAUUCAAAAAGCAGCUGGAGAAGGCAGGUGUGGAGCACCAGUUAAGGAGAGAGGUGGAGAUCCAGUCACACCUCAGGCACCCCAAUAUCCUGCGUCUGUAUGGCUACUUCCACGACUCGUCUCGCGUUUACCUCAUCCUGGAGUUUGCACCCAAAGGAGAGCUGUACAGCGAGCUGCAGCGCUGCGGGCGCUUCGACGAGCAGCGCGGCGCCACGUACAUCUUUGAGCUGACCCAUGCGCUGCAGUACUGCCACUCGAAGAAGGUGAUCCACAGAGACAUCAAGCCAGAGAACCUCCUGCUCGGGGCCAAUGGGGAGCUGAAGAUUGCAGAUUUCGGCUGGUCUGUCCACACUCCUUCCUCCAGGAGGUCGACUCUGUGCGGAACGCUGGAUUACCUGCCGCCAGAAAUGAUUGAGGGUCGCACUCAUGAUGAGAAGGUGGACCUGUGGAGCCUGGGCGUGCUGGCUUACGAGUUCCUGGUUGGGAAGCCCCCCUUUGAGACAAAGAGCCACGAAGAGACAUACAGAAAGAUCUCCAGGGUGGAUUUCAGCUACCCUGAUUACAUGAGCGCCGGGAGCAGAGACUUGAUUGGCCAGCUGCUGAAGCACAACCCCCUGCACAGGCUCCCCAUUCAGGGGGUGCUCAGCCACCCCUGGGUGCUGGAGAACUCUGCCAAGACCCCGCCGGCCCCCAGCAGCGCCCCCCACUGAGACCCCACCCCCUGCAUUUCAGCAGCUAGGGAAGUUCUCUGGAGGGGCUUUCCUUUCUGUUCCUCGUUCUGGCCAGGAGCUGUGCAAUCACCA